AACAAUAAACAGAAUUUGUCGGUCAAGGGCAUAGACAUUUUGUUUUCGUUACCAUAGUAACAAGUGGUGACAACAAACUCGAAUUCGGUCGAAUUGAUAAAGACGAUAAACAAAAGCAGUCGCAAUGCCCGAGUUAAUAGAGCAAAUGUACUGCUCGCAGCAGAUCGUGAUCCCGCCGAAGUUCCCCUACAUACUCAAGAGAUAUUGUAAAGCGGCUAUAAAAACCCAACCAUACGACCUUCUGCGCUGGUCGUAUGAGUACUUCAAAGCACUGGCUCAGCACCGUCCCCCUCCCGUGAAACUGAGGCUGGAGUACCCUGUGUAUAGCACGGAGGGAGGGCUCACUAGGGGAUGCCUUAAAGUCCUCGCUAAUCAGUUAUCAAGCAUGGACGAGGUGCCUUUGCCAGUUUUGAAGACCGCCUGGCACGGCUUCUGCCUGGACUCGCAGGAGCUGAAGCGGAUCCUGUGCCUUUGCAAGGUGUAUCUUAGGAAGGAUACCGUACCGUUCCUGCAUUUUAUCGCCGUCGCUGGAGGAUUCUUGACUAAGAGUCUCACUCAUACAAUGAUCCUGCUCUGCGAGUCCCUGACCAAGGAACCAGACGGCGGGUCUGCAGCUAUACCGGUGCAAGACUUCCUGACAAUGUACAAGUUUCUGGCACCCAUCGACGCUUCCAAAGACACAAAAUAUUUUAAUGGAUAUAAGGAAGGUGAGACGCCUCCAGCAGAAUCAUUGUCCGGGGAAGAAGAAAUCACGGCCUCGUGGAGUGGAGUGCCUGAAGAAGUAAUAUCAGACGACUUCUGGGAGGACACCCAAGACCUUCAGAGGUUGACGCUGAUAAACGAUAACGUGGCGCGCUCAGCGAGGCUAAGCGUCAAGUUGAACAUGCCCAUAGUUGGGAAGAUCGAGAGAUCCCCAUCGAUAGAGCGCGCAGGACAGAUUGAGAGGGAGAAUUAUUUAAGAGAAAGAAAAGGUAGAGUUAUGCCCAACGAAGAGGUUGAAAAAAAACUUCGUGAAAUGAGCGCUGCGAAAUUCCAGUCUCAAGAAGUGCCUAAAGAAGAUGUUCAGAAAUUCAAAGAACCCGAGAAGAAAGAAUUGGAAAUAUGCGUAUUCAAUGAAGAGGGAGAGGAAAUACCUUACGAGAUAUAUGGAGAAAUUGAUCUGGAAGUGUCUGAGGAAGGUGAAGAGGAAUCUCCGGAAGAGGCGGCACCUGCAGGAACGGAAGAGAAAGAAGAAGAAGUAAAAGAGGAAGAAUCUGUUGAAAAUGAGAAAGACAAGAUUACGCUGUACGUCGCUGAAUGUUACCAAGCGCGAGCAGACCGUUUGGAAGACUUAGAACAGACCUUCGACGAGAUUGCGGCUAUUGUGAAUCGAUUUAAGUCCGCUAAUUAUGAUCUUGGUAUGGUGGCCGGCCGUCAGAUGUCAACAACCAGCGGCGAGUUCAUUGUUCAGCAUAUAGAAAAGGAGAUCAUGGCAUACAUAGAUGAGCAGAUUGCCAUUCUACCGGACCCUGACUUGAAGAAGAAAAAGGCCAAGCCGGAAGAAGUGGCCAUGAUACGCGAAAUACUGGAAAACUUCUUGGAUGAGAACAUGGACGUCAUAGUUCCAGAAAUUGAAGAGGUGGAGGAAGAGGAACAGCCGAUACCCGAGAUAACAGUAGUAUACGCAGUGCCUGGUAUAGGUGGGCCGGUCGACGAAGACAUUGUGAAGGAGUUCACCGACUACGCCUUGGACGUGUGCAAGGUCCAAGCUGACGUUUUCAUGCCGAGGAAUAUCAGGCAUUUCUUAUGCCCGCCGAUGGAGAAAUACAUCGAGAACGAAUACGAAGAUGACCUGAAGAAAGAAGAAGUUCCCACCGGUGGCGUUAUUACUGAUUAAAUUAUACUUCCAACAUAUUACUUCCUUUUGCGUAGUACCACUUCUUUACCCGUGUCCAGUACCAUGUAAUAAUUUAUAAUCUAAGGUUCUUGUAUUGCAUUAUUCUGUGCGCAGGCGCUUACUGCCAGAACACGUGAUGAUUGGGUUCGUCUUUCAAUUUAAAUUCUUUGUAGUUUAAUACAUCAUUGGUCGUUUUGUCGAGGUGUUUUAUAAUAUUGAUAAUUAUACAAGUAAAUUAUUAUCAGAUUUAUGAAUGACAAACGACCGACCAAGAAUACCUAUCAGUGUAUAUGGAUGUCUAUAAAAUAAUUUUAGGAUUUUAUCGUUAAUGCACGUUGUUUUUAAUCCUAUACACUAUGAAAUAAAGAUUCUUCGAGAAA